AUGUCGUCUACUCCUCGAACGAGCCGCAAGCGUGCGGUAUCGGCUUUACAACCCAUACUCAUUAACGACAAUGAGGGCGGCGGCGGCGGUAGCAAGAGAAGGCACACCGAGCGUGGAGGAAAGGCGGCCAAGGGGAAGGCGGCCAAGGAGAAAGCAGUCGGGGGAAAGGAAGAUGAUACGAAAUUCUGGAAAAAACUUGGAAUGAAUACUUUUCUGGACUGGUUGUUGAACACUGACAAUCUGCAGCGAUUCGAGACCACAGGAACGACGGCGGGAACUCUGGUGAAGGACCUGCGCGACGAGAUUGCCACUUAUAUUAACGACAACUCUGAAGACAGAGGCAAGGACGGUUGGAAGCCUUGGACAGGAGACAGCGUCAAGUACAACAAAGCUGCUUGCAAGAGGAAAUAUAGGCGGGCGAGGGACUUGAUGAAGAAGACUGGAGGUGGUGAUGACGAGACGAAUGCGCUGGAGGAACAAGUUCGCAAGAUAUGUCCCAUGUUUACGCGAUUUCACGACGUCCAUCUGCGUUCUAUCAGAGUGACCCCGUUUCAUAUGGUUCAAACAACCACCAUUCCAGGAGAACCUGAGCCAGUUUUCGACAACAGUGACGAAAGCAACAACAGCGACCGCAGCGAUAGCGAUGAGGGCGACGAGGGCGACGCGGGUCACGAACAUGUUCAGAUGGAGGGAUUUGAUGUAGAGAAAUUCUUUGAGGCUUCUGAUGAUGAGAAGCUCCUUCGAGAUAACUGCCGGAUGCUGCGACAUGCAAGUCGUAACCCCAACACCAUCAACGAUACUAUCCCCGUAUCUACCCCAUCUCCCUGA